AUGGAACUAUAUUUAAGGAAUCCUCGGUCAGCAUCUUCAAAUCCGAAAGUUUCCGGCACUUUAAUUACCCAUCUCCAUGAACAUACCGACAAGGUUACGCAGUUGGCUGUACAACCCGACCGAACAAGAUUCGCAUCGGCUUCUCUUGAUGGCUCGGUACUGCUGUGGAAUUCACGAAAUGCUGUAGGAGACGGCUAUGGAGCCGUACGAUCAGAGGCAUCGUUUGUUUUUAAUAGAAGUACGAAUAUCAAUGACGGCCACGUGCUAUGGGUUGAUUCUGGAAGCAGUGAGCCUCGAAUUGUGACAAAAGUAAAUUUCAUUACUAGUAAUGAAGGUUCACCUGAGCAGAUCCAUGUGUCAAACAAUAUUACGUAUGUCAGGAGUCAUCAUGGAAUGUUGUACUGUCUUGAUCUAAGAGUUGGCAGAACAAAUGGUUCGUUAGGAUUUCACGAGGUUUGGCGAAGAGAGGUGGUGAAGUACCACGACCACAACGUUUUAUUUUAUGUAACAUCUUCUUGUAUUGAUCCGACUAUGGAAAAUUGGAUGGUUAUGUGUAGUACGAACAAAGAACUGAUGCUCUGGGAUUUGAGGUUUCGAGUGCAGGUGAAUGCAUGGAAAACACCACAUGGAUUGCUCCCACUGCGACUGUGGUCCAAUCCAUUGUCAUCAACAGUGAUUGUUUCGAUCUUCCUACAGGGAGAAAUCUUCCCUUUUUCAUUCAUCCAUGUUCUACUUCCGUUUUUCAACCAUCGUGAUAACUACUUUAAGGAUGAUUUGCGCAACGUGAGUACAGCCCUGUGUGUUUGUGAAGACACCGGCUUUGUGUACACUGGCGACUCUGAAGGAAGUCUUCGUCGAUGGAAUCUGAAUUGGGCAUCUCUCUGCGAAUACAUAACCCGUUCGCCAUGCAGAAUCGCUUACAAUGAGAUGGCGGGAUCCGCUGGGCAACCAACCACAAUCUUCGAACUGCGUGUACCGAACGAACACACAAAACUACGCAGUUUUCCUGACUUGAAAUCACAAGCUUCAACGAGACAUCGUACUUCAGUCAGUGAUGUGCUCUGCCUAGAAUCGGAUAUUCUGGUGUCAGCUAGUGCAGAUGGUGUAAUUAAGAUAUGGAAAUAG